GUCAUGGCGGCUCUGAGCUGCGGUUUCGCGCCGGCUGUAGCCGGGUAACAUGCAGCUGAAGCGCGGUUAAGCUCUGGGAUCGUGUCGUGAGGCCUGAGCAGAUACAAAGCGUGUUUUCUCUCUCUCUAGUUUCACGGUUGAACCUGCUCUCACCGCAGCACAGGAAGCCAGAGAGACAGGAAGAUGCUGCAGAGCUGCUGACUUUACCCUGAGCUGCUGCUGCUCAAUUCAGACGUUUUCAAAGUUUCUGCUGUUUGUGUUUCAUGGAGUUUCUGCUUGAAGGAUCAGGAUUCUCCUCACAUUUCCAGGAAACUUGAUUAAAGUCAUGCAGCAGCGGCUCUGAGCGUGUCAGGCUUCCUCCUGCUGUGAUGGACAGGAAGCAGCACUACGACUCGCUCAUGGAUCGCAGCAAACGCAUCAUGUGGCAGGACGACUGCUACCUGGACCUGCAGUCCACUUCCUGCUGCGCCGCCGCGCACACAGAGACGCAGCAGCUUCAUUGGAUCCAGAAGCACAAAGACCAGCUGCUGAGCUUCGUCUCACAUUCCUUCCUGGAGGAAAUACUUCAGCACCUCAGAAACGUGAACGUCUUGACGUCAGCUGAAGAGACGAGCAUUAAGGCAGCGGGCCAGCUGCAGGACCAGGUCAAUAUGCUCACCUCCAUCGCCGCUGCAAAGGAGAGCCAGAGCUCGGACGCGCUGCAGGCCUUCAUAGAGAGCUCAGACUCAGAGGUGGCCCAGCUCAUCUUAAGCUACGACGCCACGGUGAAGAAGCACAAAGAGGUGCUGCUGCAGCAAUAUGAGAAGCAGAGAGACAGAGACUCAGUCAGCUGCCCCAAACUGAACAUCUCCUCAAGGAGUUUACUGAUGGUGGAUGGACUCUCCGACUUCCAGCAAAAGGAGCACGAUCUGAUGCAGGUGGGAGUGACUCGAGGAGGGAGGAGGAACCAUCUGAGGCAGCUGGGCCUCGCCAAGCUCUUUGAGCCCCUCACAAGGGUCAGCUUGCCUCCCAGGGUGACGCUCACAGUCGGAGUGGCUGGUAUUGGCAAGACAACCUGGGUGAGACACUUCAUCAGACAAUGGUGCCACGGGACCAUGUGUCCGGAUAUACACUUUGUCUUGCCCUUCACGUUGUGCGAGCUCAACGGUCUGGAGAAACUUUCUGCAGAGAGGCUGUUGAAAAUGACUUUCCCACAUCUGCCGGCACCCGGUUUGGUCCUAAACGACGCCUGCAGGACGCUGCUCAUCUUCGACGGUUUGGACGAAUUUCGCAGCACUUUGAAUUUCUCUGACGCGGCUCCUUGCAACGACCCGAAGAAGGAAGUUUCCAUUGACGACCUGGUGACGAACAUCAUCCGAGGGAAUCUGCUCCCAGACGUAUCGGUGUGGGUGACGUCGAGGCCAGGAGUCGCCUCCCUGAUCCCGGGCGGAUUGGUGGACCGGGUCACGGAGAUCCCAGGGUUCAGCCCAGCGGACAUCCAGGUCUUUCUGAACCACCACUUCUCCGAGAACGACUUCGCCACCAGAAUAUGGGCACACUUGGAGGCCCAUAAGAUCCUAAUGGUGAUGUGCUACAUACCAUGCAUUUGCUGGAUGCUAGCAGAGACGUUGCUGUACAUCAUGCAGAGCGGGACACAGGAGAGCCUGCCUAAGACCUGCACUGAGCUGUACGCCCAUUUCUGCUCCAUGAAAGCAGAAGUAGGGGAACCAAGAGGCAGGGAGCCUGUAAAGUCUGAGCAGCAUCAUGCGACCAACCGCAAACUGCUGGGCAACCUGGGACGCCUGGCCUUCUACAGCCUCCUGAAGCACAAGUACACGUUCAGCGAGCAGGACCUCAGGGCCUACGGGAUAGACUUACUGCAAACUCAGUGCAGCCUUGGAGUUGGAGUUCUGGUCCGGACGGAGUCCACCAUACACACCACUUACAGAUUUACUCACCUGACCCUGCAGGAGUUUCUUGCAGCUACGUUUUAUCAUGUUUCCUCCAAGCGGGCCAUCUUUGACCUGUUCUCAGAGAGCACCAUGUCCUGGCCCAAGAUUGGGUUCCAGAACCACUUCAGAAGCGCCUUCCAACACUCGCAGCAAGCCGAAGACGGCCACCUGGAUCUGUUUGUGCGCUUCCUGACAGGCUUGCUGUGCCCAACAACGAUGAAACCUCUGGCUGGGCUCCUGGCUCUCGGGAAAGACGAUGGCAGCCAGAAGGUUUGGGCUGGCGGGUUUUUACACAGCCUCCUGUCCAGCGUGGGUUCGGUGGUGUCCCUCCGAGCCGUCAACCUGGCCUACUGCUUACAAGAGCUGCAACACGGCGAGCUGCUCCGGAGCGUAGAGGAGGACCUGCGGCAGGGCAGCUUGGCUGGAAAACUGACGCGGCCGCACUGCGUGGUGCUGGGCUUCCUGCUGCACGUCUCUCCAGAGUGCAGUGAACAAACCAACCUGACAGGAUGUCUGAACUACCCAACGGUGAAAAGUUUACUCCCACAGCUGCUGUACUGCACCCAUCUCAGGCUGGAGAAUAAUAACUUCAAGGACGAUGUCAUGGAGCUGCUCGGGAGCCUCCUGAGCGCCAAAGACUGCCACAUCCGGAAAAUAAGUUUGGCCGACAAUGUCAUCAGCAACAAAGGAGCCAAAGCUCUGAGCCGAGCCCUGCUGGUGAACCGAACCCUGACCGCCAUCAACUUAAAGAACAACAGCAUUGGAUCAAAAGGGGCAAAGUUUCUGGCAGAGGCUCUGAAAAUGAACCAAGCCUUGGUAUCAAUCAACCUGCAGAAUAACUCCAUCGGGGAAGAAGGAGCUCAGGGCAUCGCAGACGUCCUGCAGUCCAACCGCAAACUCGUGUCUCUGAACAUGCGGAAAAAUACAAUUGGCGCAGGAGGAGCCAAGAGGAUCGCAGAGGCGCUGAAGACAAACCGAACUCUUACAAAGUUGAUACUCUGCAGUAACCAGCUGGGGGACAAAGGAACCGUGGCUCUGGCUGAAGCUCUGACUUUCAACCACACGCUGCUGUCGCUCCAACUUCAGAGUAACUCGAUCAGCAACAAGGGAAUGACGGGCCUGACCAAAGCGCUGAGGCUCAACCGGGGACUCGUCUCUCUGAAUUUGAGGGAGAACUCCAUCGGGGUGGAGGGAGCCAGGAACAUGGCUCACGCUCUGCAGGAGAACAACUCUCUGCAAAACCUCGAUCUCACAGCUAACCUGCUGCACGACGACGGGGUUCAAGCAAUCGCUGGAGCAAUCAGGUUUAACCAAGGACUCACGUCUCUGCACCUCCAGUGGAACUUCAUAAAGUCGACGGCGACCAAAGCUCUGGCCCAGGCGCUGCUCUCCAACACCACCAUCCAGCUCCUGGAUUUACAAGAAAACACCAUCGGGAACGAAGGAGUGAUUCACCUUGCUGAAGCUCUGAAGGUCAACGCGUCUCUGCGAACCUUAUGUCUGCAGGGCGUGUCGGCGGGGACGAGCGGCGCCGUAGCGAUGGCUGAAGCUCUGACCUCCAAUCAGACGCUCCAAACACUGGAUCUGCGUGGGAAUGCGGUGGGAAUGGAAGGAGCCAAAGCUUUGGCCAACUCUCUGAAAUCCAACAGGAGCCUUAAAUCAUUAAAUCUGCAGGAAAACUCCUUGGGAAUGGAUGGAGCCAUAUUUAUUGCUACGGCUCUAAAGGGGAACCACCAGCUGGCUUACAUCAAUUUGCAGGGAAAUGGAAUCGGUGAAUCUGGGGCAAAGGUCAUAUCCGACGCCAUAAGAGCCAGCGCUCCCGGCUGCGUGGUGGAUAUCUAACCAAGAGCAGAAAACGAGAUUUUAUUUAGUCAAACUAUCCAUGUACAAACUUACCAAUAACCUUUUAAUCGUUAUUGAUCUCCAUGUUUUCUCUUACUGACGCCUGAUUCAGAAACCAAUUAAACAUCAACCUAUAAAAGAUGUUUUCAUAAAUUGGACGUUAAUAUUUUUAUACAUACUGUAUGUUUUGUGUAUUAUAGAUGUAAAUUGCCACAUUAAGCUAAAAAUAGAUAUUUAUGUAUAACUGCUUCUUAAAAUCUGAGGAAAAGAAAUAAAAUCUGUCAGAGAAAGCCA